UCUAACCUAGAUAUGUUAUGAUUUAUGUUAUUUAGUAAAUAUUUACAAAAAUAAAGCGAUCUAAAAUUAUUCUACUACCGCGUUUUAUCUUGAUAAAAAAAUAAUUUCAUCCGACUUUAUGGAUGACAGCAAAGGAACUCCCGAAAGUGAUUUUAGCAUAGAAUGUUUUCAAAAUUACACGGCACCAGAAGUAUUUAUUCAGGGCCUGGCUGGAAUAGUUGACCAGCAGGAUGUUGAAGCAAUGAUAAGAGCUCAAAAGCAAAUGUUGCAGAGGUUCGAAAAAACUAACGAAAUGUUAACCAAUUGCAAUGCUCUCAGCGCGUCACGUUUGAAAACUGUGGGACCAGAAUUCAAAAAACACAUACAGUUAUUGUUAGAAACAAAAAAGGAUUUGGAUUAUAUAUUUAAGAAAAUUAGAGCGAUAAAAUCGAAAUUGUCAACUCAGUAUCCAGAGGCUUUUGCAGAAGCAGUUCGAAGCAGUUUUGCUGAAGAAUGUGAAGAAGAUGAGGAAAGCGGUAGUAAGUCACGCCAGAAAACACUCAAUGAUGAAGGUAACAGAAGAAGUUUACAUAUAAAGAAUGAUAAAGCGGAGAAUGUAGACUCAAAUCGAAGGGCCUCAAAGUAGAGAAUAAUUUACUGAGGAAACUAUUAAUACAGAAAUAUCACUUGUUCAUGUGUAGUGAUAAAAAUUUUAUAUUUUGGAAGUAUAUAUUGAAUAUAAUAGUUAAAUUAAAUUUAAUAUAUGCGUUACUGUCUGUAAAUUAAAUUAAAGGACUAUUACUUACUCAAUAAACUUGGGCAUUACAGUUAUUAGCAUACUGAAAAUCAAUAUAGGGUGUUUCAUUAAUAAUUGGACAUAUGCCAACUGGAUAAUCCUUGGUUUAGUUCAAAUGAGAUCCUUACUGAGAUACAUACUAUUUUAUUUCAGUUUUUUAAAUUAUUUUAUACUAUUUAAUAUUUCUUUAUCGUAUUUGACAGAAAGCUUAGAUACUUUAUGAAACAUUAAACUGUGGUAAAAGAUAGUUUGAUGUUAUUACCAGAGGCAUAUAGCUUGUCCCCUCAAAAUUCUACUCCACUGGUUUCUACUAUUCAUUUUAGCAUAAUUUUUUGAUUUCCAAACAUUUCAAAUAAUAUACUCUUAUUUCACGAGUGAUUGUUUUUUCGAUAAUUGAAGUUCAUAUUCUUAAUGAUUAUUUCAGUAUCUCUACUCAUAAAAUAGAAUUGUAGCAUGAAAUAAGAUUGUCAACUUUUUGUAAUUUAAUAAUUUCAACGGCAUUAAUGAAACACUAUAACCCAAAUAAAAAAUUAUAAAAUUAGGAAGUUAUAAAUUUGAAUGAGUUUCCUUGAUUAAAUAUGAAUUUAGAGCAACUUCUGUUUUGCUUAAAAUGUUAUAAAAAGUUUAACCUACUUUCUAUUUCAAUUA